AUGCUAGUGUACAUCUACCACUUCCUCCCCUCCUACCUCUGUUCCUUCCCUCCUCCCCCCUCCUACUGCGGUUCCUACCCUCCCCCCUCCUACUGCGGUUCCUACCCUCCUACUGCGGUUCCUACCCUCCUACUGCGGUUCCUACCCUCCCUCCUACUGCGGUUCCUACCCUCCUACUGCGGUUCCUACCCUCCCCUUCUCCUACUGCGGUUCCUACCCUCCCCGUCUCCUACUGCGGUUCCUACCCUCCCCCUCCUACUGCGGUUCCUACCCUCCCCCUCCUACUGCGGUUCCUACCCUCCCCCUCCAAUUGCGGUUCCUACCCUCCCCCUCCUACUGCGGUUCCUACCCUCCUACUGCGGUUCCUACCCUCCCUCCUACUGCGGUUCCUACCCUCCCCUUCUCCUACUGCGGUUCCUACCCUCCCCCUCCUACUGCGGUUCCUACCCUCCCCCUCCUACUGCGGUUCCUACCCUCCCCCUCCUACUGCGGUUCCUACCCUCCCCCUCCUACUGCGGUUCCUACCCUCCCCCUCCUACUGCGGUUCCUACCUUCCUACUGCGGUUCCUACCCUCCCCUUUCCUACUGCGGUUCCUACCCUCCCCCUCCUACUGCGGUUCCUACCCUCCCCCUACUGCGGUUCCUACCCUCCCUCUACUGCGGUUCCUACCCUCCCCCUCCUACUGCGGUUCCUACCCUCCCUCCUCCUACUACGGUUCCUCCCCUCCACCGCGGUUCCUACCCUCCCCCUCCUACUGCGGUUCCUCCCCUCCUACCGCGGUUCCUACCCUCCCUCCUCCUACUGCGGUUCCUACCCUCCCCUCCUACCGCGGUUCCUACCCUCCCCCUCCUACUGCGGCUCCUACCCUCCCCCUCCUACUGCGGUUCCUACCCUCCUACUGCGGCUCCUACCCUCCCCCUCCCCUCCCUGCGGUUCCUACCCUCCCCCUCCUACUGCGGCUCCUACCCUCCCCCUCCCUGCGGUUCCUACCCUCCUACUGCGGCUCCUACCCUCCCCCUCCUACUGCGGUUCCCCCCUCCUACCCCCUCCCCCUCCUACUGCGGCUCCUACCCUCCCCCUCCUACUGCGGUUCCUACCCUCCUACUGCGGCUCCUACCCUCCCCCUCCUACUGCGGUUCCUACCCUCCCUACUGCGGCUCCUACCCUCCCCCUCCUACUGCGGUUCCUACCCUCCUACUGCGGCUCCUACCCUCCCCCUCCUACUGCGGUUCCUACCCUCCCCCUCCCUACUGCGGCUCCUACCCUCCCCCUCCUACUGCGGCUCCUACCCUCCCCCCUCCUACUGUGGUUCCUACCCUCCUACUGCGGUUCCUACCCUCCUACUGCGGCUCCUACCCUCCCCCCUCCUACUGCGGUUCCUACCCUCCUACUGCGGUCCCUACCCUCCUACUGCGGCUCCUACCCUCCCCCUCCUACUGCGGUUCCUACCCUCCCCCUCCUACUGCGGCUCCUACCCUCCCCCUCCUACUGCGGCUCCUACCCUCCCCCUCCUACUGUGGUUCCUACCUCCUACUGCGGUUCCUACCCCCUCCUACUGCGGCUCCUACCCUCCCCCUCCUACUGCGGUUCCUACCCUCCUACUGCGGUCCCUACCCUCCUACUGCGGCUCCUACCCUCCCCCCUCCUACUGCGGCUCCUACCCUCCUAUUGACAGAAUGUCAAAAUACUGCCCACCAUAUCGCCUUAAUGUUUCUGCAGAACAAACUUGA